UUUUCAAGGGAAGGAAAUCUCAGUUGCUUCAUUCUCAACUUCCUAUCCAGAGUUCAUGAAUAAUACCACCCACACAGACAUGCAUUCACACGCAGACAGACAGUCACCCUGGAAGCUGCUGUAGAUUAGGUACCACUUAAAAGUGUUACUGAUACAUCAGAGCUGGUUUUCAUAUCAAGAUCAGGACUAGUGAGGAGGCCAGAAUGGAUAUGAGAGAAGACCUAAAUAAAAUAUCAGUAAGAGCUGCAGAGAAAUUUCCUCAUCCAGAUAACAGCUUUAACGUGUAUGAAGAAAUGAAAGGAGGUCGUGUGGAGUGUCACAUAAGAAGAAAGAACCAGAAACAGCAGAGUUCAGCUCAUGAAAAAGCUAAGAGCAGAUGCUACAGGCUGGCUGCAGUGUGUCUGGGGCUGCUGUGUGUUCUCCUGAUGACCGCCGUCACACUGCUGUGUGCGAAGCUUACUGCAGAGAGAAACCAGUUACAAAACACUUACACCAAACUUUCCUAUUUGGAAAAGGCAAUCCAGGAGGGUUGGAGGUAUUUCAACUCUAGUCUGUAUUUCAUCUCCACUGAGAAGAGGAGCUGGACUGAGAGCAGACAGGACUGCACAAAGAGAGGAGCAGACCUGGUGAUCAUCAACAACAGAGAAGAACAGGAGUUUGUGGAUUCCUUGAGUAGCUGCAAAGAUGCUUCGGUUUUUAUUGGUCUGACUGACAGAGACUCAGAGGGGGUCUGGAAAUGGGUGGAUGGUUCAGCACUGACUACUGCAUACUGGAUGAGUGGUCAACCCAAUAAUGGUGGAUGGAAAGGCCCACAGGACUGUGUUGUAACGAGGUCUGAAGCUGGGAAAAGAUGGAAUGAUAAACCAUGCCAAGAUGUCCUUUAUUGGAUCUGUGAGAAGAAACUCUUUUCCUGAUUUCCAGGAACCGAGAAUGAUCACAUGCAUUUGGAAAAAGUUUAUAAAAAGAGCAAAAGAUACACUCUA